AUGGGGAACCAACAAGCAGGCUGCUCGGGACUCCGAGGCAGGGAAGGGGACACAGAGCGAAAAGGAUUGCAUGGCUUCGACGGAAAGUACCACCCUCUCCGUGUUUUGGGCAGCGGUCAGUUUUCCACAGUUUAUGAGUGCGUGAGAGUCGACAACCCGAGGGAGCGGUACGCCAUGAAAGUCAUGUCCUGCUGGACUUGGGAUUCUCGAACACUGCGCCGCAUCGAGGAAGAGAUCUCCAUAAUGCAAGAACUCGGCCAAUCGCAUACCUGCUUGUGUCACGGGCUCGCAUUUCUCCAUGAACGAGGUAUCAUCCACCGCGAUAUCAAACCUGAAAACAUCCUCAUUGCAAAGGAUGACGGAAGCACCCUCGAUAUCAAAAUUUCGGACUUCGGGCUUGCCAAGAAAAUUUUUGUUUGGCUGCGCCGCCUUCUGCUCUUUGGAGAUGACCACGUUGUACCAGCAGAUAAUAGAGCGGAAGCUAAGUAUUCUCCCGUCGUCACAGGAGUCAACGGUGUCAGCGGGAGCCUGGAAAUUUCUUCUGGACUUGCUUCAAGUUCAGCCCGAAAAGCGUCUGAACUGGCUGGGAGUCUUCAGUAG